GCCACCCCAUAUUGAUCAACUUUUGUUAUCAAUAAAUAAUAUGUCAAGACAGUACGUCAAAAAUGUCAAUAUUCGUAGGCAUCGGGGUAGCUGAGUCAAUGUUCGUAUUUAUAUAUUUUAACAAAUAUGAAACAAACAACAAAAUUCAUUUAUAAUUGGAUUUUUAAUGGCCAAAUCGUUAUUUUCAUAUCAAAACCACGUUGAUUAUUUACGUCAUUUGGAUACCCUUAAAGAAGAUUUCGAAAAUAAGUAUAACGAACCAGAAAAAUACAAAGGAAAGUGUGAUGAUUAUGAUAUCAUAAAGAAUAUCGGAAGUGGUGCAUACGGUGAAGUGUAUUUAGUAAGAAAUAAAAAUACUUUACAUUAUCAUGCCAUGAAAGUAGUAGAGAAAGCCGCAGGAGUCGAAACAAAGACCGUCACCAAUUUAAUAGCGGAGAAGCAAAUUCUUCAAGCGGUCAGGUUUCCGUUCAUUGUAGCCUUGGACGAGGCUUUUAAAGAUAAUGUUUAUCUUUAUUUCAUCUUUCCUCUUAUGUUCGGUGGAGAAUUAUUUGAGAUUUUACAAAGCUUUGGCAGUUUUUCGGACGCUUUGGCGAAAUUUUAUGCAAGCCAAGUUAUUUUAGCGUUAGAAUAUCUACAUCAUUGUAAUAUAAUUCACAGAGACAUAAAACCGGAAAACAUUUUAAUCGCAUCCAACGGAUACUUAAGGGUGUGUGAUUUUGGAAUUGCAAAAGUAUGUUCCAAAAAGACGUACAGUCUUUGUGGUACACCGGAAUAUUUAGCACCAGAAGUAAUAUCCUCAAAAGCAUAUUCUUUCCCAGUGGACUGGUGGGCUGUAGGUAUUUUAAUAUAUGAAAUGCUCUCUGGAUAUCCACCAUUUUAUGAUUCACAACCGGCAAAGAUAUACGACAAAAUAUUAGAAGGUCAUUACAAAUGUCCGAAAACAAUUAAUACGGAUUGUAGAAAUCUUCUUAAAAGUCUUUUGCAGUUGAAUCCAUCAAAACGCAUCGGUUCUUUCAAAAACGGUGCAUUCGAUAUCAAGAUUCAUCCUUGGUUCAAUGGGGUAUCAUGGAAUUCAAUACUACAGCAAAGUGUAGAACCUCCUUACAUGCCGAAUGUUUCACUUGAAAAGGAGUUGGAUGAGUUGAUGCGAACUAAUCAAAAUAUAUUAAAAAAAUGUUCAAAAUGCAUGUUUGAAUCGGAAUUUUCAGAUUUUUAAGAUAUACCAAGUUUAAUCCUGUCAUAUUUUAACUAUAUGUUACCACCGCCUAAAUACUCGGAAUUCCUAUUUUAUACAGAUAUUUCGUCGGUGGAUAUGUGAUCCAAUUUUAUGGAUAGUAUAGUGCAUUUGUAUAGCCAUUAUAAUUUUAACAUUUUAUUAGAAUUUUGUUUAUUAUGUAAUUAUGAAGAACGUUUUUAAAUUACUUUUCAUGAUAAUACGAGACCAUGUAUAAUUUAUAUUUGGGGAUAUUUCUUCGAAAAAUAGCCUCUUCAUCGUCUAUGAGCAUAAGACUGAAAGAUGGUUAAUAACGAUUUUAAUAUCGUUUAAGCUUUUUUAUUGUUUCUGUUCGCUGUUUGCGCGGAGAUUUUUGCUUAUAAUUUUUUUUAGUGUUAUCGUUACACUUAGAAUUAUAUACAAAUAAUUAGAAUUUAUUAUGUCUUGAUAAUUAGGGAAUAUAUGUAUUAAUCCGUAAAUAAAGUAAUA